GAGAGAGAGAGAGAGAGAGAGAGAGAGAGAGAGAGAGAGAGAGAGAGAGAGAGAGAGAGAGAGAUGAGGGAUCGAUUGAUCGAAUACCUUAGGACGGUGAAUGAUGUCAUCAGCGAGCCAUCGCUAUCGGGAUCGCGAGCGGGGGAGGUGGAUAGGUUGGUAAGAGACAUCACAGACUUGUGUCUGAAUCUGGACGAUGACGAAGACGUGUCAUUCGCCACCUCCGUCCUCUUCGAUGAAGACGAAGAUCUGGGUAUUUUGUCCUCUCUCACCUCUCCUAGGAUGGCUAUGGAGAAGAAUCAAACCAUGGCCAAAGCUCGCGAGCAUUGCCUACAGCUUGUUGCCCAGUUUGCGGAGAAAGUCGGUGGACCUCGUAUGGCUCCCUACACGCCAUCGCUCGUGGAUCGUUGCUUUGCCAUUUUCGUCAGGGACUCUUACAGUACCGUCAAGGCAGCUGCUUUGGCCGUGAUUACCACCCUGGUGGGGAUGAUGACAACAUCGGGGAAGUCACGACUCCCAGAGAAUAUGGUGACCGUGCUUGUGCGUGAAGUGCAAAAAAGGGGCACAGCUACGGUCCGAGCAAAGAUCUUGAUUCUGCUGGGACUGCUUGUCGAAAAAUUUGAGGAUGCUAUGAAAGGGAAGAUGGAUACGAUGUUCGAGUUCUGCCUCGAGGAGAUGGAGAAGCAGCUGAAAUCGAAGAACGGACCUGAAUACGCUCUUGUUGCCGCACUGUUGAAAUGUCUCGACUCUCUGCUCACCCAAUUCGAUGAGUCGCAACCACCAGGAGCUGCAUUGCGGUUGUUUGCGAGGCACGCGCACCUUUUCCGUCCGAAAUUGCUCCGUGACUGCACAACGCUUCUCCCUUGGCUUCUGAAGCGGUUCACGCAUCAGAACACGUCAGUGAGGGACGGAGCGUUGCUGGCACUCGAUCGAUUUCUCAUUCAGAUAGCAAAAGGGCUCUCUGAGCAGUCUGCUGCUGCUGCUGCUGCAGCCGGGCAUCCAAGUCUACAGAAUGUGUACAAGAACUUAAUGGGCACGUUUUUGAAUAUCCUGGACUCCGUGGACAGCCCCAAGUCGGAGGUUGCUAUUGCUAUCCGUGCUCUUGGGCGUCUGGCGGCACCUAUUGUGCGAUUUUCUGGGAAAGACGAGUUGAAGCGAGCGAUCGGUAGACUCGUUCCGUUCGGAAACAGUGCUUUGGCAAUGAUUGAGGAAGGGGAUGAAAUGGUUGGUCAUGCUGUGACCAUCAUUGGUGCGUUUGCGGACAUGGUGGUGCAUUUAGACUCAGUUGAUGACACACUCUGUCUCUUCAUUGCGCAGGUGACAGGGAAAGUCGUCUGGCAAUUUCCACAGCUUUGGCCAAAACAGAAGCUUGCUGUUUACGUUGUCCUUAAAAAUCUUCUCAAGGCUCUCUAUCCAAAGGGAAACAUAUUCCCAAUUUUCCUCAACAACAUGGUUCGGUCGUCAGUGGUGCGAGCCGUCGACUUCUCGCCGGGGGCAGAGAUGGAUGUUGGGGAGCUGCCACUCUGGCCGCAUUAUGUCGAACUCUGGUCUCAUGUUUUGGAUUUGGAGGAGAACAUGCAGAGUGCGGCAAAUGCUAUGAGCCAGGGAUCGCUUACGGCAGGAGCAUCAUUAGAAGCACAUGGAGGAGAUGAUGAUGGGGAAGGGGGUGAGGUGACGGACUCUGCGUCCUCUGCCGAGGGCGGAGGUGGCGUGGUUGUCUCUGAAGUCUCUAAUGAAGGACUCAACACAAAGCACCUGAGUGAGCUAAUUUACGACUCAAUUAUCAGUCAAACCCUGAGCUUGAUGAAGGAGCUUGACUUAGAUUAUGCAGUCAAACCCCCGGCAGGAGCGGAAGCCGAAGGCGAUUCCAAAGAGAACACAACAGCAGGUAUGUAUAUGGGUCGAAAACUAUGAUUAAAAAAAAAAAAAGAAGAAAAAGAAAUCAUGGUUACCCCCUGCCCGGAACCGUAUACCCAAACAAAUGCUGUCAGUCUGG